CAGCCCCGCCAUGGCUCAGAUACUCCCCAUAAGAUUCCAGGAGCACUUCCAGCUCCAAAAUCUUGGAAUUAAUCCAGCAAAUAUUGGAUUCAGUACUUUAACAAUGGAAUCUGACAAGUUCAUAUGUAUCCGAGAAAAAGUUGGUGAGCAAGCACAGGUUGUGAUCAUAGACAUGAGCGAUCCGACAACUCCUAUCAGACGUCCAAUCUCUGCAGAGAGCGCUAUCAUGAACCCAGCUUCUAAAGUAAUUGCUCUGAAAGCGGGGAAAACGCUCCAGAUCUUCAACAUUGAGAUGAAAAGUAAAAUGAAAGCACACACCAUGGCUGAGGAAGUGAUCUUUUGGAAAUGGAUCUCUGUGAAUACAGUUGCCUUAGUGACGGAGACGGCAGUUUAUCAUUGGAGUAUGGAAGGAGACUCUCUGCCCCAAAAGAUGUUCGACAGACAUGCCAGUCUUGCAGGCUGCCAGAUCAUCAACUAUAGAACAGAUGAAAAUCAAAAGUGGUUACUCCUGAUAGGAAUCUCCGCCCAGCAAAAUCGUGUAGUUGGUGCCAUGCAGUUGUAUUCAGUGGAUCGCAAAGUUUCCCAGCCUAUAGAGGGACAUGCAGCAGCCUUCGCAGAGUUCAAAAUCGAAGCCAAUGCCAAGCCCUCCACUCUUUUCUGUUUUGCUGUACGAAGCCCUGCAGGAGGCAAGCUGCAUAUAAUUGAAGUGGGUCAGCCUGCUGCUGGAAACCAGCCUUUUGUCAAGAAAGCUGUUGAUGUAUUUUUCCCUCCUGAGGCCCAAACUGAUUUCCCGGUAGCGAUGCAGAUUGGAACAAAGCAUGGAGUUAUCUAUCUGAUCACAAAAUAUGGAUAUAUUCAUAUGUAUGACCUGGAAUCUGGAGUGUGCAUCUACAUGAACCGUAUUAGUGCGGACACCAUCUUUGUAACUGCACCUCAUGAACCUACCUCGGGGAUUAUUGGAGUGAAUAAAAAAGGACAGGUUCUGUCCGUGUGUGUGGAAGAAGAUAACAUUGUGAAUUACGCCACCAACGUGCUGCAGAACCCUGAUCUGGGCUUGCGCAUGGCUAUCCGCAGUAACUUGGCUGGAGCAGAAGAACUCUUUGCCAGAAAAUUCAAUACUCUCUUUGCACAGGGAAACUAUGCUGAAGCAGCUAAAGUGGCAGCAUCUGCCCCAAAGGGAAUCCUGCGGACUAGUGAUACCAUCCGGAAGUUCCAGAGUGUACCUGCUCAACCUGGUCAGGCGUCUCCCUUGCUACAGUACUUCGGUAUCCUCCUUGAUCAGGGCCAGCUCAACAAAUUUGAGUCUCUGGAACUGUGCCGUCCCGUUCUCCAGCAAGGCCGUAAGCAGCUUCUGGAGAAAUGGCUAAAAGAAGAUAAGCUGGAAUGUUCUGAGGAGCUUGGAGACUUAGUAAAGACUGCAGACCCAACCCUUGCCCUCAGUGUUUAUCUCCGUGCAAAUGUGCCAAACAAAGUAAUUCAGUGUUUUGCAGAAACCGGGCAAUUCCAGAAAAUUGUUCUUUACGCAAAAAAGGUUGGCUACACUCCAGAUUGGAUUUUCCUGUUGAGAAGUGUGAUGCGAGUCAGUCCAGAUCAGGGCCUUCAGUUUGCUCAGAUGUUGGUACAAGAUGAAGAGCCUCUAGCCAACAUCAAUCAGAUUGUCGAUGUGUUCAUGGAGAACAGCUUAAUUCAGCAGUGUACCUCCUUCUUGUUGGAUGCCUUGAAAAACAAUCGCCCGGCUGAAGGCCACCUGCAAACUCGUCUGCUUGAGAUGAAUCUCAUUCAUGCUCCACAGGUUGCAGAUGCCAUCCUGGGAAAUCAGAUGUUCACACACUACGAUCGUGCCCAUAUUGCCCAGCUUUGCGAAAAGGCAGGCCUGUUGCAGCGGGCGCUGGAACACUACACCGACCUGUAUGACAUCAAGCGCGCCGUGGUCCAUACCCAUCUGCUGAAUCCAGAGUGGCUCGUGAACUUCUUCGGCUCGCUGUCCGUGGAGGACUCCGUGGAGUGCCUGCGCGCUAUGCUGUCUGCCAACAUCCGACAGAACCUGCAGCUCUGCGUCCAAGUAGCAUCUAAGUACCACGAGCAGCUGGGCACCCAGUCACUUGUGGAGCUCUUUGAAUCCUUUAAAAGUUACGAAGGACUGUUUUAUUUCUUGGGGUCUAUUGUGAACUUCAGCCAGGACCCAGAUGUCCACUUUAAAUAUAUCCAGGCAGCUUGCAAGACUGGCCAGAUUAAAGAAGUAGAAAGGAUCUGCCGGGAAAGCAACUGUUACAAUCCAGAACGAGUGAAAAAUUUCCUGAAGGAAGCUAAGCUCACAGACCAACUUCCCCUCAUAAUUGUCUGCGAUAGAUUUGACUUUGUUCAUGACCUGGUUCUCUACCUGUACCGUAACAACCUACAGAAAUACAUUGAAAUCUAUGUUCAAAAGGUAAACCCAAGCCGUAUCCCUGCAGUGGUUGGAGGGCUUUUAGAUGUGGACUGUUCUGAAGAUGUCAUUAAGAACUUGAUCAUGGUGGUGAGAGGCCAGUUCUCAACAGAUGAAUUAGUAGCUGAAGUAGAGAAGCGAAAUAGGCUUAAGCUGCUCCUGCCCUGGCUCGAGUCCCGAAUUCAUGAAGGCUGUGAAGAACCGGCAACACACAAUGCGCUGGCCAAGAUCUAUAUUGACAGCAACAACAACCCAGAGCGCUUCCUGCGGGAAAACCCUUUCUACGACAGCCGCGUUGUUGGCAAAUACUGUGAAAAGAGGGACCCCCACUUGGCUUGUGUGGCUUAUGAGAGGGGGCAGUGUGACCUUGAGCUCAUAAAGGUCUGCAAUGAGAAUUCCUUGUUCAAGAGUGAAGCCCGCUACCUAGUGCGCAGAAAAGAUCCAGAACUGUGGGUGAAUGUCCUCGAAGAAAACAAUCCAUUCAGGAGACCACUCAUCGAUCAGGUUGUCCAAACAGCCUUAUCAGAGACUCAGGAUCCAGAAGAGGUUUCUGUGACUGUCAAAGCUUUCAUGACUGCCGACCUGCCCAAUGAACUCAUCGAGUUGCUUGAGAAGAUCGUUUUGGACAAUUCUGUUUUCAGUGAGCACAGGAACCUCCAGAAUCUCUUGAUCUUGACUGCGAUUAAAGCGGACCGCACCCGUGUGAUGGAGUACAUCAAUCGUCUGGACAACUACGAUGCCCCUGACAUCGCCAACAUCGCGAUUAGCAAUGAGCUCUAUGAAGAAGCCUUUGCCAUAUUCAGGAAAUUCGAUGUGAAUACUUCCGCCAUUCAGGUGCUGAUAGAACACAUUGGCAACUUGGAUCGCGCGUACGAAUUUGCAGAGAGAUGCAACGAGCCGGCAGUUUGGAGCCAGCUGGCCAGAGCCCAGCUCCAAAAGGACCUGGUUAAGGAAGCCAUUGAUUCUUACAUCAAGGCGGAUGAUCCUUCUGCCUACAUGGAGGUUGUCCAGGCAGCCAACAGAAAUGAUAACUGGGAGGAUCUGGUUAAAUUCCUGCAAAUGGCUAGGAAAAAAGCAAGAGAAUCUUACGUCGAGACUGAACUUAUUUUUGCCUUGGCAAAAACAAAUCGGCUCUCAGAGUUAGAAGAGUUUGUUAGCGGCCCCAACAAUGCUCACAUACAACAGGUUGGAGAUCGUUGCUACGAGGAGGGCAUGUAUGAUGCCGCAAAACUGCUCUACAACAACGUGUCUAAUUUUGCCCGCCUGGCAUCUACCCUCGUUCAUCUCGGGGAGUACCAAGCAGCGGUUGAUAGUGCUCGCAAAGCCAACAGCACCAGGACAUGGAAAGAGGUGUGCUUUGCCUGUGUGGAUGGAAAGGAGUUUCGGCUUGCACAGAUCUGUGGCUUACACAUAGUAAUCCACGCCGAUGAGCUUGAAGAGCUGAUAAGCUAUUAUCAGGAUCGUGGUUACUUCGAAGAGCUGAUCGCCCUCUUGGAAGCUGCUCUAGGCUUGGAGCGUGCUCACAUGGGGAUGUUCACAGAGCUUGCUAUCUUGUAUUCCAAAUAUAAACCCCAGAAGAUGAGAGAGCAUUUGGAAUUGUUCUGGUCCAGAGUCAAUAUUCCAAAGGUUCUUCGAGCAGCGGAGCAGGCCCAUCUCUGGGGAGAGCUGGUUUUCCUGUAUGACAAAUACGAAGAAUACGACAAUGCGAUCAUCACAAUGAUGAACCACCCUACAGAUGCGUGGAAGGAAGGGCAGUUCAAGGAUAUAAUCGCAAAGGUUGCCAAUGUGGAGUUGUAUUAUAAGGCCCUGCAGUUUUAUUUGGAUUACAAACCAUUGCUGAUGAACGAUCUCCUCCUGGUAUUAUCACCGCGGCUGGAUCACACCAGGACGGUCAGUUUUUUCUCCAAGGUUAAUCAGCUGCCUCUAGUGAAACCGUACUUGCGCUCUGUCCAGAACCAUAACAACAAAGGAGUCAACGAGGCACUGAACAAUCUGCUGACAGAGGAGGAAGACUACCAGGGCUUGCGAGCAUCCAUUGAUGCCUACGACAAUUUCGAUAACAUCACGCUGGCUCAACGUCUAGAGAAGCACGAAUUGAUUGAAUUCAGACGUAUUGCUGCUUAUUUGUACAAAGGCAAUAACAGAUGGAAACAGAGUGUGGAGCUUUGCAAGAAAGAUCGUCUGUAUAAGGAUGCGAUGCAGUAUGCUGCUGAAUCCAAAGACGCUGAGCUGGCGGAGAAGCUCCUGCAGUGGUUUCUGGAAGAAGACAAAAAGGAGUGUUUUGCGGCGUCACUCUUCACAUGUUACGACUUGUUGCAUCCGGAUGUGGUCCUUGAGCUGGCAUGGCGGCACAACAUAAUGGACUUUGCGAUGCCUUAUUUCAUCCAGGUGAUGAGGGAAUACCUUACCAAAGUUGAUGGUCUGUUUAAUAAGGUGGAUAAACUUGAUGCUUCUGAAAGCCUAAGGAAAGAAGAAGAACAAGUAACUGAACCCACUCCAAUAGUAUUUGGCCAGCAGCUGAUGCUCACAGCGGGUCCCAGUGCAGGACCUCCGCAAGCCAGCUUCCCAUACGGAUACACAGCACCAGGAUUCACCCAGCCGCCCGUUUAUGGUUUCAGUAUGUAACUUGCACCACAACAGACCUUUCUAACUGGUCAUCUUCCCGUCCCUUUUUACUUUUUUGUCCAAGGAGGCAGACGAGUUCCUGUGUUGGCUUGAAUGCCGUUGCAGUCCCGCUUGGUUCAGAGACAUCCAAAGGACACUGUGUUAUUUAUUGCUAUGUCCUGUUGCAUUUCAACCUCAAAAAGGCAGCUUCCCCUCCCCUCUUUUUUCUUUGUUACUGACAUGUCAAGGCUCUGUCUGAAGCUGAGACGGCACCUCCACUAAAAUCGACAACACACGAAUCGCUUCCUGAGGUCAGGAGGAGCUGUGUCUGGGCUGGGGGAGUGCUGGUACUUUUCUCCUUACAGGGUCCUUUGGGUAGCCAAGUUCCUGCCGGGUAAUAUCCUGGCACCAAGCUGUUAGUGCUCAAAGUACUGUAACAGAUGAAGCAGCUCCUGGAGUAGCAAGGAAUUAGGGUCAAUUCUUACUAGUUGGACACAUUGGAAAAACCGUAUGUAACACAGACUUUCUCCACCUCCAUUUCCCCCACACCCCAAUGUGUUUGUAGUACCAUACAGAAAGGGAGUGGUGUGCGGGGUGGCGGGGGAGCCUUGCCGUUUACAGAAUGUUAAAGAAAAAGCAUCGAUGCCUUCUGGACUGGUCUUUGCAACUCUUUAUUGGAGAAUAAAUUGGAUCAUAUCACCUAGCAGAAAAUUCCCAGAUUAUUUUUCCUGUAGAGUAACAGCGUGAGCGCAUGAUAGUCAUCGACCUCGAAUGGUACAAAUAAAGACAGGCACUCCGCAAGUGUGAGUCAGCGAGCAAAAGUGGGAGGGGGGCCGUGUGCGUGCGCGUGCCUGGGUAGCCAUAAGUAGUGUAAAUGUGCGGUAAAAGAGGACAGUGCUGGUAAGCAAGGAGUGUGAACUUUGAAGGAACAGAAUAUAGCAUGCUUGGCCUUUUGCGUCUUGACUCUGAAUCGGAAAGCAAAGCUUUGUGCUAGGCUGGUUGCGUUUGACUUGAGUCUCUCUGGGUCGGCCCCCCAUGCAUGUUGAGCCAGAAGAAAGUCCAGCAAUGUCCUGCACGACCCAUUGAGUCUGGCUGGUUCGAGGGAACUGUAGGACUACUUUCUGGCUCAAUAUGUAUAGGAUGUCACCCCAAACCUGUCUUCCCCAGUGUGGACUCUGCUCGAUGUUUCGGUCUACAUCUUGUAAUGAUCCUCGCCACUGGCCAUGCUGACUUAGGCUGUUGGAAAUGGUAGCCCAAACUUCUGGAGAACAUCAGGUUGGGGAAGAUGGGUUAACCCUCUGGGCAUCCAGAGAUGCCUUUUUGGACUGACAGCAGUUCAAGGUUUAUUUUUCUGGCUCUGCCAGGAUUGUUAUGUAAAUGGUAUGCCCGCCAUACACUUUUUCUUCCCCAUAAGAGAAUGCCAACAGAGAUGUACUUCUUCGUGCUACUCUUCAGAGACAUAUAUCAUUAACAUUUUAUGUACUUAAAACUAGAUAACAGUGUAUAAUUUAUGGCUAUGAAUCUUGUGCUAAUCAUGAAUAUUAUGGAAAGUCCAAUUAUAAACUUAAACCAAA